AUGAUUUCUUCGGCUUUCCUCGUCGCGGCUCUCCCUCUGCUGGCUGCCGCGCAACUUGACGACAUCCUGGGCACUGGCGAUGCGGCGUCCAAUGGGGAUUCUGGGUCGACCAGCGGCUCUGACCAGGCUUUCAACCCGUACCCGUAUAAUCCUGGCUUCGACAUCGAGACCGUCGCAGCAACUGCGAAGGCACUCCCCUCUCACUCCUGGGAAUACGGGUCGGCGUGCGAGGCGCUUCUCGAGCUGCACAACCCUGAGUACUCGAUCUUCGGCGAGAAGCCCUUUCCCACCAUCGUUCUCGACUCCAAAAAUGUGCCCGCCCUCGCCUAUGCGAAGGAGAAGAUUGUCCUAGGCGAAGCGCCCAACUCGUUUGCUGACGGCGAUGGUGCCACUGGCGACCCCGCCGCUCUCGGGGUGUACGCCAUGCUUCUAGGCAAGGCUGGUGACAUUCCCAUGUCGCUCAAGGCCGACGAGGAAGUGUCCUACCUCGUCGACGAGUGCCCGCGCUGGCCGAACGGCGCAAUCAGCCAGCGUGCUGAUGUCGCGGAGCUCUGCUUCAUGUACAUGGCACCGCCAUUCCUUGCCUACUAUGCCGCUGACAAGCAGGAUGAGAAGCUUCUUCGCGAGUCGGUUGAUCAGUGCUCUCACUACCGCGAGGUGCUGCAGUCAAACUCGACUACGACCACCGUUUGGGCGCACAUCGUGGGCCCGCAGAGCGCCGACCCUGGUCUCUGGUCUACUGGUAACGGCUGGGCUGCGGCUGGUGCUACCCGUGUUCUCGCGACUGUCCUCAAGUCGGAUCUGGGUAACAAGGUCGCAUGGAAGGACGAGGCGGUCAACACCCUGACCACCCUCAUCAAGGAGAUUGUCGACGGUGCUAUGGCCAUGCCCGAGGAUGACGGUCUCCUGCGCAACUAUCUGAACGACACCACCACUGAGCACGGCUUCGGUGAAAUCAGCGGCUCAUCGCUGCUCGCCGCCGUCACCUACCGCAUGGCCGUGCUGCAGCCUCAGGCUUUCGGCGCGGAGUACAUUGCCUGGGCGGAAGGCGUGCGCACGACGCUCGGUGGCAAAGACGCCGUUGGUCAACCGCAUAUCACCAGCAACGGCACCGUCACCCCAGCCGUGAACCCUCUGGGCUGGACUGACACCGCGCCCUUUACCGCGGGAAGCCCGGAGGGCAACAACUUCGUCGUGCUCUUGUAUGCAGCGUGGCGCGACUGCAUCGACGCCGGUAUCUGUCAGAAGCCCGACGCCUCCGCACCUCCUGCAGCGCGCCGUCGCUUCCACCGCCGCCAGCGCGCUCACUUCGCCCCAUUUGCUUGA